UCAUAAUUCCAUUUGUUARCGAUAGGUUUGACUUAUGUUGCCAUCAUCGUAAGAGCUAAAGAGCUGUUAUAUACAAAACAUAUUGAGUAUGCUAAUCACUGAAGUCUUUGGAGCCUUAGUCUUUGAACGACUUUUCGUUCCUCAAUGAGCUCGACUCCUAUUAUAUCAUUGCUUACUGUACAUAUAUACAAAAGUACGCAAUUCCCUUUUUGUUCAGAAGCAUCAUUAGUUUGAUCUUAAGAAGAAGAAAAAUUUCUGGAAUACUUUCAAUUGUAUUGAUACUCAACAAUCUAGUGAGUAUACGUUAUCAUGAAAUAGUUUUCGAGAAACAUGCAGGUUAGCAAAAUGAUAUUAUCAUCGAUUGUUAUCAACUUUAGUUAUACCUAUGGCCUGCUAUCAACGACAAGUUCAUUUCUUUAAUCGUUUAAUCAUAAAUUUAUUCAAUUAUCCCAUGCAGCGAAUGUUUCAAUAAAAUCAAUACUGUAGCGACACAUCGUUCAUGUUCCUCGAUUCGCUAGAUUUGCAUGGCAUUUGAUUAUUGGCUAUCUGACAAAACGUCGCUUGUUCCGCUUUUUUCUUUGCUUUUAUCGAAUGACAUUAAAUGGAGUUAUUYGACUUAUUUUUAAAACAUUUGAGGGAUUUGGGUAACAGAUAUUUAAUGAAGAUCACUUUUAAGUGAUUACUGACAAAGCUGAUUUGCAAUCGUUCAAAUGAAGACUCAUGAAUGUCUGUUCGUUUUUCAGGUAUUUCAGUUUAGCUUUCUUUCUCAACCAGUUGCAAGCGCGAAUCUAUUGUUUGAGUAUGCAUUUUCACUUGUCCGGUACUUGAUGUCGCUUCAGUGGUGUAAAGUCAUUGUGUCAUGCGCAGUGUGUUACAAGCACUGAUACUCAAAUGGUUUCUCUUCCUGUUCUUACUUUUUAAUGUCUCAUUCGUCAUCGGAGAUUCAACGGAUUCUUCAGUUAUGAAAAACUCRCAAUGGAAUGAUGGUACAUUUGAAGGAGUAUUAUCAACGAGAAAGAACGUCAAAGAGAAAUCUACUAGAAAACACCAUCUCAAACAAGUAAUGCCAGCUMCUACUUCCAUACACCAAGACCUCUCUGCCAAUUAUCCAAAACAAUUCACAAGACUUAUUUUAAUUCUCAAGAUAAAGAUCGAUACGUCCUCUAGAUACUUGUCAAAAUUCACAACAUCUGGKUUAAUGUGGACAUCACUACUCUUAUUCAUUGCACUUCGUGUGUUUUUCAAAUGCAAUAUCUCCUCUGAACUGCAGUUUACAUCKUUAAUAUUUGUACAAAUGACGUCAUCUGUAGCAACAGAAGCUCCUUCGCUUGCCAUGACAUCAUCAAGUCACGUGACACAGUCACCGGUAACUCUUAGCAACGCARAGACAGAUGCAGUAUCUGGUACAUCUAAUUAUUACAAUAGAGGUCAAUGUGACCUUGGCUGGUAUCAGUUUGGUAAAUACUGCUAUCUUGCAGCAAAUGAACUUAAAACAUUUGACCAUGCACAAAGAGCAUGCGCAUAUCACAAUGCCAAUCUUAUGUCUAUUUCAAGUAAAGAGGAAAAUGCGAUUGCUUUUAAUAUGUCUAAAGACUUCCAGGACUUUCCUGAUACAAACUUUAUAUGGAUUGGAAUGGAACGUAGAAAAACUACCAAAAAACUCCAUUGGAUUGACGGCAUAGACUUGAAGUACCAGAACUGGAUUGUAGGAGAACCUGAUAGCAAUGGCGCAUGCGUGCAAAUGAUCGAUCACGGAUUGUGGGAAGACACUAAUUGUUAUCAUAAGAUGCCUUUUAUUUGCAAGAAACAGGGCUGGUACCCACUGCCCUUCUCCAGGUCGACUGAACUAGGUAUUAUGGUUGGUAUACCAUUCGUAUUCGUCUUCRUCGUUAUGACGUUUGUAGGAGUGCUGAUAUUUAAAAGCAUUAAAGACGCUGAUGACACAUUCUUUGGUUACGGGAAAAAUCGAAACAAGCAGAAAAUGCACGCUGCUUUGGUGGAUCUUUCGACUAGUAUUGCGCAUGUUUCUACACAGGCCAGUCCUCCUCAACGAAGUCAGGUUACUGUCAAAAAACCCUCAAGAUCCAACUCUGUCUCUCAUUCCRUCUCAUCUUCCCAUGUAAACCCUGCAAUUGAAGUAUCAGACUAUGGAUCUCUGUCCCCUGUCAGAUUUCGAAAAGAAUCAGGAAAUGAAAGAGUGGCAYUGGAUAAYAAUAACAAGGAAAAAUCCGAUYCUGAAGAAAUUGAGAUGCAAGUUUGUGUUUCUUCACUUAGUAUUGAAGGAGAAGAUCCACUAGAAACAGCAACUAGUCUCGAUCACUUAGUGACUUUCAAAGCAAAGAGCCGUCGUCUGAAAGGUUUAAAAAAACCAGAAGCAACAGUUAGACCUCCAGGAAAGGAAGGCAUGUAUAGACUCAAAACAUAUGUAUAGGUCGGCUUACCAUUUAACCGGCGUGGCAUCYAGUUCAGUAUUUACCCGAUUUAAACGGUCUAAGGUAAUCGAAUUGGAAAGACAGAAUGRGUGAAUAACGAAGGUUACUGUAGAUAAGAUUCUUCAGGAUCUAAAAUAGCACUUUAGUUCUAGUGCAAGAAUCAUUUUGAGCAAUAYUGGUACAGCUAUUUAUUGUAGAAAUUUUUAUAUUACAUACGACAACACUCAAUUACUUUUACAGUGUAUUUUUAGUGAAGAAACYGCAAAGAUUUUKGGGAAAUCUUUUCAAAGUUUUAUGUACAAUGGGCAUUCUUUGAAGAUACUAUAAACACAUUACAAUAGACCUCUGAACAUUUUACGCCACUACUUGAUUUGCACUACAUUGUUGGAUCAGUUUCUAGAGAAAACAAAAGAAAUCCGUACGUUUUGUCACAAACAUUCUCUUACAUGACGCAAAAACUUCAGAGGUCUAUUAUUGCUGCAUUCAGGCAUUCAAAAUGCUGGAAAUAUUUUUGUAAUAUUCAGAAUUUGAAACACAACCGUAAUGCUCUAACCCGUAUAAAAAUACAUCGAUAAUGUACAAUUAUGAUAAUGAUGCAUACAUGCACUGUAKAGGAAGCUGACCCAUGGUUUCUAGUACCGUAGAUUACGCACUAAUACACUUCAACUAMCUUUUACAAUGUUUACAAAUUAAUAUUUUUUUGUUCCCUGUACAAUUCCAUCUUUUUAGGGUACUUUGUUUGCGUACWAGAGUUGCAUGCAUUCAAAGGUUUAUUCUAUUAAUGAAUUGUAAAUACUCUGUAGUAAUUAACUGCUCUUGCAGUUUUCCAAUAUAAGAAAUUAUUUACAAAUUGUAAUACAUAAAGCUUUAAAACAA